UCUCCUAUUUUCAUCAAUCUCCCGUUUCGAACGUGACACAGUUCGCCGGUUGGCAACGAGAAGAGAGAAAAAAUGGCCGAUGAAGGACAAGUCAUUAGCUGUCACACUGUUGAAUCCUGGAAGGAGCAGCUUGAGAAGGGUAACGAAUCCAAAAAACUGAUUGUGGUGGAUUUCACUGCUUCUUGGUGCGGUCCAUGCCGCUUCAUUGCCCCAAUUUUGGCAGAGAUUGCCAAGAAGAUGACCAAUGUCACCUUUCUUAAGGUUGAUGUGGAUGAAUUGAAGUCUGUUUCUGAGGAAUGGGGCAUCGAGGCUAUGCCAACCUUCCUGUUCCUGAAAGAAGGCAAGUUAGUGGAUAAGGUUGUGGGUGCUAAGAAGGAGGAGCUGCAAUUGACCAUAGCGAAGCAUGCAACUGCUGCUGCCUGAAGGGUGAUGUGAAGUUUAAGAAUAAAUGUGCUUCAGCUGUGGUGUCAGUUUGCGUGAUUUGGAAUUGAUGUUUAAGGUUAUGAACGUAUGUUUAUGAACAAUGUUAAUGAAGUUGCUAGCAUCCUUGUAUUCUCUUGAAACGCUUUGGUUGAUUUGAUUGGCAAUAAUAUAUUUGAUUAUCAAA